GAAAUCGAUAAAAACAGAAAAGAGAUCUAGCUUUUGUACAUAAAGGGUGACUCAUUUACUUAAUAUAGAGCAUUUCACAAACUAAAAGAGGGACGGGGUAAGCAAAUGGCAACUUCAUCUACUCCAGGCUUGGUUGUCCAUUUAAAUUCUUCUCAUCCGGUUAUGAAAAAUAUGGCGACUUCAAGCAAGACAGUAUCUGCUGUCACUUCUCUUGAGAUUCUGUACUCUAGAAGAGACGUCACAAGCCUGGGCGCUGCCACCGCAGUGGGCCCAGGAGUGGCGGCUUCAUACGACGAGGACAACAACAACAACAUCGAUACAACAACUACCGAUACUCAUGAAUUAGAUGCACCACUUAGUAUUCCUCGCACUACGCCACUUCACAAUGUGUUAAAUACUGUUAAACCCCCUUCUUCACGUGGCUUGAAACGAGACAAGGUGGCCUGGCGCUGUGGGCUCUGCGGUUACUUGAUGCUGUCCCUGGAUCAAGAGGGUAGCCCAAUACCUCUUGCAUGCUCCGCCUUCGGUACACCGUUGCCUCUGGGCUGUCCACGUUGUUCAAAGACGCACACCAACUGGGAGAGUGCAAGCCCUUUUGAUGCUUUUGGUGCAGAUAUUAACUUACGCAAUGCCCAUCGACUCAGAGUUGGAACGCAGGGAUUAUCUAAACUUUCAUCAUCUAUACCCUAUGUUACCCCUCUGCCAUCUAGUGUUUCUCGCGAAGAGGUGGAUCUCAAUGAUCCUUCUAGUAAAAUUGGAAGGGCCGAUCCAUCCAGGAUCCCCACAGAAGGGCAAGACGGCGUUAUAGCAUCCGCCUUACCGGACACUUUUUGCAGAAAGACUACAGAUGUAAGUCAAAAGCAGUGCUAUCAUUGUGAACGAUGCCAUCGGCGUUUGUUACGGGUCGAUGCUUGGGGCAAGUUGAUACCAAUGAAUUGUGGCGCUGACGGCAACGUUCUACCGAUUUUAUGCCCUGGUUGUGGUGUGUUGCAUAGUGAGUGGACAAUAGGGCCUUUCCGACAUUGAUUCACUACGCGAAGGUGCAGACCAAGAAUAUAAGAUACUUAUCAAAGGCAUUGUUUGGAUAUUCAAUAUUUGUUUAUCUUGCUUUGAAGCUGAAUCUUUUUCUUGAGGAGCUUAUUGAUUGAUUAUAUGUAUAUGUAUAAUUCUCCAUUUAUUUUAUCCUAUAUAUUUGUAGGAAUUCACCGAUCAAAUAAUGCGGUCUCCAA